CCGGGACUCAAUCGACUUAUUAGCGUUCCUCAUAGCAGAAUACGUUGCUGCGCUCUGUGACUCAAACUAUACUUUAGUUUAGCGACUGCAACCACCUACUUGAUAUAUUAUUCGAGUUCACCUGCGAAGACUCUUGUAGUAUAUGUCUAGGCAAUGGGCGUACCAUAUCGAGCAGUCACCACGUUGGCGGUAUUAGUGGCGUUGGCAGCAGUUUUCCUAUCAUCCAAACCACCCGCCACAUCCGACAGUUCAUUUUCUCCAAUUCCGGGCAGAAAUGGCACUGUUCUAUUUUUCAUUAACACUGAAUAUGGCCUCAGCAAUGUGCAUCUGGCAACCGCUAGUGGACUCCUAGAGAAAUAUCCGUGUACUGAGAUUCACGUUGCAUCUUUUCCUCGAACAGCCUCGAAGUUGCGAAAGCUAUCCACUUUGGCGCGGCGCAAGUCACCCGCCACGAGAAACAUCUACUUUCAUGAACUCCCUGGACCGGAAUAUUCAAAAGCAUUUUCGGCACGCCUCGGCACACACGGAAACUUCGUUCAUCAUCUUAUGCAUCCUCCUGGAAUGAAGGGGCUGGGUACCAUAACCAGCCAGGUCCAAGCUGCAAUAUCACCAUGGGAGGCCGAAGAUCACAUCAAGCUUUUUGACAAGGCAGAAAAUAUCAUCCAAGACGUUGAUCCGUCCGUUGUGGUCUUGGAUACAACCUUACGGCCAGCCAUCCAGGCUGCAUGGAAAAGCAACCGAACUCAUGCAUACAUCUCUCCAAAUGCACUCGUCGAUGCCUUUGCUGGCGACCAACCCUACUGGGGCUUUCUUUGGAAGUAUUCCCGAAUGGGUUCCGAUUUUCCUUUCCCAGUGCCAUGGCGGAAGAUUCCCGAGAAUAUCAUAGUUACAGCCGGGUUCAUAUAUUCAGUUCUUAUUCGAAACGACUUUCAAUCCACCAAGAAGCAGCUUGAAGCACACGGUAUCCAAGAUCCUGCCCGCUCUUCGCGUCUAAACAGGCCGUGGAUCGCACAGUACCUGCCCGGAGCGAGCAUUCCACUUGAUUUUAUCCCUCCUAAUGUUACUUGUACGGGACCCAUAGUACUUGAUGAGGUGCCAGCUAUAGAGCAAGACGCAGAAUUGACAGCCUGGUUAUCGAGAGCGCCAACAGUACUAAUAAACCUUGGCAGUUUAUUUACCUAUAAAGAGGAGCACGCAAAGACAAUGGCGCUGGCCAUUGCUAGUAUUCUUGCUGAAACUAAUGUACAGGUGAUCUGGAAGAUGAAAAAAGAAGGCGCUUACUCUGACGCCGACGUUUUUUUACCAGUCCAAAAAUAUAUCGAAAAGGGGCGACUUAAAAUCUCGGAGUGGUUGGGUGCUAAUCCUGUAUCUUUACUGGGGACUGGUCAUAUAAUCGCGUCUAUUCAUCAUGGAGGGGCAAAUUGCUACAAUGAAGCUAUCGCAGCCGGCGUACCACAGGUGAUUAUUCCCAUGUGGUUUGACUUAUACAACUAUGCCCAGCUAGCCGAAGAGAUUGGCGUGGGUGUCUACGCUACAAGAGGUACAGCCCCGAAUUGGACAGCUGAAGAUCUGCGUAGAAGCUUCCUGAAAGUUGUGGAUGGUGGACAAGACAGUCUUCGAAUGAGGAACAAGGCUAAAGAGCUUGGUGAAUUGGCUCAGAAAGAACCAGGGCGACUUACAGCGGCGAGAGAGAUCGCGCGCCUCGCAAGAUCAGAGUGUGUCUGAGACGUUACACUAGAGUACAGGACCUAUCCAGACAAGUAGGAGUCUGCUUCAUCGCGACAUUACGUGUUAGUGCAAUUGGUUGCGCCCUCUACUACCUACGCACCAGAGUCCGUACUCACACGUGGGUAGAUAAUGGGCCCCUAUUUAUGGACCGUCCCUAUUUAUCAGGCAAUAGUGUUUCUUGAGAACUAAAAUUCCGCAAAUGACUUGAACAGAUUG